AUGACCGCAAUUCCAGAGGUUGCUUCCAUGUCGCUGCCAUGGAUGGCAACUAUCGGAAUUUUCCCUCUUGUCGUCUAUGUGUUUCUGGAUAGAAUGCCGCCUCUAUGGCCGACAUCCAAGAAGGCAUUCUUGAUCGGCCAGAAGCGACCAGAUCUAGUGACCUCCUUUGAAUGUCCCUACGCUUAUAUCCGCCAGACAUAUGGCAAGUAUCACUGGGCUCCCUUUGUACACAAGCUCGACCCAAACCUUAAGACCAAUAAUCCAGCCAAGUACACGAUGAUCAACGAGAUCAUGGACGCGAUUCACCUGUGUUUAAUGCUGGUAGACGAUGUCACCGACAACAGCGAUUACCGCAAAGGCAAGCCGGCAGCGCACAAGAUCUAUGGUCCUUCGGAGACCGCCAACCGGGCCUACUACCGGGUGACGCAGAUUCUGAACGAGACGGUGCAAAGCUUCCCGAAUCUGGCCCCAUUUCUGAUGCAGAACCUGGAGGAGAUUCUGGCCGGCCAGGAUCUAUCUUUGGUGUGGCGACGAGAUGGACUGAGUGUCUUCCCAACAUCUCACGCCGAACGUGUAGCGGCAUAUCGGAAGAUGGCCUCCCUGAAGACAGGGGCCCUGUUUCGGAUGCUGGCUCAGCUGGUGAAGGAGGACACAUCGAUGGAUGAGACGAUGACCACUCUGGCAUGGUGCUCUCAACUUCAGAACGACUGCAAGAACGUCUACUCAUCGGAAUACGCCAAGGCGAAAGGUGCGCUUGCAGAAGAUCUGCGCAACCACGAGUACUCAUAUCCCAUCAUCCUGGCCCUCGAAGUCCCCGAUGGUCACUGGGUGGCCAAAGCAUUGGAGACUAGUUCCCCUCGGAAUAUCAGGAAAGCCCUGGCGGUCAUCCAGAGCGAGGGCGUGCGAAAUGCGUGUUUUGCAGAAAUGAAGCGGGCCAGUGCUUCUGUGCAAGAUUGGUUGUCCAUCUGGGGCCGGAACGAGGAGAUGAACCUGAAAAGUCCGUAG